AUGUCUGGGUCGGAACAAGAACCGGAUGACGACAAAGUGCUGUUUGUUGGAAAUCUUCCUUGGGUUGUUGACAGCUACGGGCUGCAAAAGCUGUUCGAAAAAUUCGGCCCCAUAUUCAACGCUCAGGUUUCAUACGAUGACAAGAACGAUCGUUCUAGAGGGUACGGGCACGUUGUGUUCAGAAAUGCGGAAGAUGCGCGGACAGCAAUCCUUGCAAUGAAUGAUAGGGACGUCGGAGGUCGGAGGAUACAGGUGCACCUGGCUCAGAGGAAACGAAUCCCUCCUCAAGCUGUCAGGCUCGACCCUAGAGCCUUGAGGUACAAUCCGACAUACGAGGAGCAGAAGAAUGCAAUCUCGAAGGAGAAAAUGACAUACAGGUUCGCAAGGGACGUUGUUGGCUCUGACUUGUUCGAGCGGUGCAAGGACCCGAAGUACAACGUAACUGCCGACGAUUGGCAUCCCGUUGAAAUCUUCGAUGACGACCAUGAAUCUGAUUGGACGCAUUACAACCUGAGAGUUGAUUAUUUUGAUCCCAUACAGAAGAAGGUCAUUUUCGGUCAUAUAGUCGAGCCCAUUCGACCAAAAGGCUCAAAUCGGUCUAUUGACUGGGACAACGACUUCAAUGCGGACCCUGUUCAGGUGUAG